CACUUAUGAUAACAUGUACCCAAUCAAUAUAUUUGCCGCCGCAUUUCAAUUUAUUUCUUUAGUAUCAAAAAAAUGAAUAAUAAUAAAUCGUUGACUCCCGGUUCUCCAUCACCUGCUACUCUUCAUACUCCUCUGUCUAAUCUCACUUCAAACGAUCUUUCCACAAGUGCUCACUCCUGGGAGUAUUUGCGGAAGCAAGCCCGACAAUUUGAAAAUGAACUUGAACAAAAACUUACUAGUUAUUCUAAAAUAGCAGCACAAGUUGGAAGAAGUGUGGGAUAUAGUAAAGAAGGUGAAGGUGCGACGGGAAAUUCGAGCGAAGCCAUGGAAUUGGAAUUAGAAGAAUUAAUCAAGAAGCUUACUUCAGUUGUGAAUUCUAUGGCAGAAGUUGUGGAUAGACCUUCAACAACACCAACAAAUCCAUCAAUGAUGCAUAUGCUUCAAAGACACAGAGAUAUUUUAUAUGAUUAUUCAAAAGAAUUUAAAAAGACAAAAGCAAAUAUACUGGCAGCAAAAAAUCACUCUGAUUUGUUAAAUUCAGUUAGAGAAGAUAUCAGCUCUUUCAAAUCAGGAAUAAGUAGUGAAACUGAUUAUUUUUUAGGUGAAAGAGGCAGAAUAGAAAGUUCACAUAGGAUGACAGAUAUGAUUAUUGAACAAGCAUAUGAAACGAGAGAAGAAAUUGGAAGACAAAGGAAUAUAUUAUUAAACAUGAAUAAUCGAAUGAACCGUUUAACAAACAUGUUUCCUGGAAUUAACAGUUUAAUAGGUAGAAUAAAUUUACGAAAAAAGCGCGAUACGAUUAUAUUAGCUUUUAUAAUUUCUUUUUGUAUUAUUUUAAUAUUUUUAUAUAUGAGACAUACUUCAAGUUAAUUCGUUGCUAAAGAACUAUUUGAUAUAUAUCAAAAAAAUUAAAUUUUAGAUAAUAGACUAAAUUAAUACCAUAAUAAUAAUAAUACAUUGAUUCGUUGAUUAGUUAAUAUAAUAACCUCAAAAAAUAAAUAUAUUUCCGAUUAUGGCUUACCAUAUGUACUACAUACGUCAUUAUCUAUAUGUU